ACUUCCGGGUUCUAGCUUUGUACACAACAACAACAACGCGAGGGCAAAACCAUGGGCACAACUAGCGCAGUCUAACGCACGAGCCGUCCUGUCUGUGUCCGAGACACAGACAAAACACAUCCUUCCCUCUUUCAGUCGCCAUGUUGUUCCUCCGGACCGCCGCCCGCCGCUGCAGAGGUCUGGCCGCCCCGCGCUGCCUGCCCGUCGGCCACAGUGCCUCCACAUCCACCGCUACAUACGUCCAGGGCCAGAGCCCGGAGCCACGUAUCCGGGAGUACUUCUACUAUAUUGACCACCAAGGGCAGCUGUUCCUCGAUGACACUAAAGUGAAGAACUUUGUCACCUGCUUCAAAGACAAACCGUUCCUGGUCUUCUUCUUCAGUCGGCUGCGUUCAAAUCGGAGUGGCCGCUAUGAGGAGGACUUCCCCUUCUUGUCCCCGUGCGGCAGGGAGAGGAACUUUGUGCGCUGCGAUGACCGCCCCGUGGUCUUCACCCACCUGCUGCAGAGCCCCGCGGGGUCUCCGGGGAUCACGGCCGAUCGGGAGCUGCUGUCGUACUGCGGCGGGGCAGAGAAGCUGUCCGCCCCGUUCCGCCCGGAGGCGCUGUACAUGCAUCCCGACAGCGGGCGACUUUACCACCCGUGCUCGGAGCGCGCGGGCGGAGGCGGGGUCGGCCUGGUCAGGUCGGCUCUGGCCAUCGAGCUCAGCCCGUUCUUUGUCUACGCUCCGGAGCGCGACCAAUCGGGACAGCCGACGCACUUCCACUGGGGGGGGCGGAAGCACACACUGACCAAUGUGCUCGCGGGAUGCUUCCCCACUGCGGAGGAGACCAGCGGGCAGCAGGACGGACUGGGAUAACUGAAUGCACGUGAAGCCAAUCAGUACCCCACACUGUGGGGGAAAGACAACCACGUUCUCACAUGUUGUUGAUCACGAUGGGAUUGUUACUGUUUGAAGCCGGAGCUCAUGUGACUCCGUGUAAUGUGAUAUAUCAUAUUCAUUGAAGAUGCAGAGUGUUUUGGGGGGGCUUGAGACUCCUCAAACCAAGCAGCAUCUCCCCUCAUUACAGGUUGCAGUUAAACCUAUUUUCCCCUUUUAGAGUCCCUAAAUUAAUCUGCAACUUGUUUACGGUAGAACUUCCCAGUAUGUCACAAGUGAAGCAGGUAAUUGAAGCAACUUUGCUAAAGAGAAGAGGGCAGUUCCUUUGCACACUGAGAUGGUUAUACAACAAACAACGGCCAGAAUAAUACAAAGCCUGCAAAUAGAACAUAUAUUAUAUAUCAUAUUUAUAAGAAACAGCUACAUUUUCAGAGUCACAGAUUUUUGCAGCAGAGUGCUAAACAGAUUUUGGCUGAAUUAAAUUUGAAAAUGUGCUUGCGUGGAUUAGAAUCAAAUGGUAUUUAAUGUUCUUGAGAUAUGAUAGAAGAAAAAAAACAUACUGUGAAUGUCAUUUAUUUACACACUAGCAUUGAACAUAUUCUACUGAAUUUAGGCCAUACAAUCAGAUCCUUCUUUAAUAAAGUGCAAUACUCUGAA